GGUUGCUGCGUUCGUUCCGGCAGCUCGACUCUCCGCCGCUUUGACAGCUGGCUCGAGCAGGAGUUGUUCGGUUGAUGGACCGCAUUUUCCUGCGGAGGAUAUUUCACUGAAGCGGGAGUCAGCACCGGACUGAAGCCGCCCCGCAUCGCUCACGGUCCAGCCAUGGAUGAGCAGGCGGGCCCCGGUGUCUUCUUCAACACCAGCGGCAGCUCGGGCUUACCCGGCGCGGGGAACGUUAAAGCUCCGCAGCCCGGGGACGGCGGCGGAGAGGCGGCCCGGGCUCAGUACAGCAUCCCGGGGAUUUUACACUUUCUCCAGCAUGAGUGGGCCCGCUUCGAGGUGGAGAGGGCCCAGUGGGAGGUGGAGCGGGCCGAGCUGCAGGCUCAGAUCGCCUUCCUGCAGGGCGAGAGGCGGGGCCAGGAGAACCUGAAGAAGGACCUGGUGAGACGAAUCAAGAUGCUGGAGUACGCUCUGAAGCAGGAGAGAGCCAAAUACCACAAACUGAAAUAUGGCACCGAGCUGAACCAGGGAGAAAUCAGACCUCCGAGUUACGACUCAGGUACCUACAGGAGGUCGGAUACACGGACACCAUCCUGGAUGUGAAGUCUCAGAGGGUGAGGGCGCUGCUCGGUCUUGCCGGAGACACGGGAGACAAACCGUCAGACAAGAAAACUGAGCCGAUGGUCAACGGCACCGAGCCGUCCUCGCUGAAGGACAGCGGCAUGGUCAGUAAGCCCGACGUGUCCGACUCGGCCACCGUGCUGGAGGCCUUCAAGUUCAUCGAGAGCGCCGCAGCAGAGUUCAGCGACGAGGACGAGGACGAGGACAGCGAAGGGAGGGACAAAACCAUCCUGGACCUGGCUGCAAUGGUGAGAAAGAAACACUCAUCAACGCCGUCUUCCACGACCUCUGACCUCAGCGAUGACCUGGACACGGAGGAGGCGCUGAAGGGUUUUGAUUUCUUGGCGAGUCCAGACGAGCUGGACGGAUCGCCCGAGUCAAGGAGCGGGGAUGACAGCGGCGAGUGGGAGAAGGAAGAGCAGUCUCCUCUGGGUGAAAUGGCCUGGGAUGUGGACCAGGGGCUGAUAGCCCAGCUCAAGGAGCAGUACAGGAAGGAACGCAAGGGCAAGAAGGGGGUGAAGAGACCAAACCGGUCUAAGCUGCAGGACAUGCUGGCUAACCUGCGGGACGCCGAGGACCUGCCCUCCAUGCAGCCGGCCGUGACGCCCCCCUCUCGGUCGAGCGUGCCCAGGCUGAACGAGCACGAAGUCGGACGCCCCGAUGACGAGGCGAUGACGUUCCUGCCGUCGUCGGGGAAGUCGUUCAUUCUGGGCAGAGUGGACGAGGCGGUUUCUAACGAGCUCGGAUUGGGAGAGCUGGCCGGACUGACCGUCGCUAACGAGGCCGAGGGCCUGAUGUACGACAUCGCCAACAACAAAGAUGCACUGAGGAAGACGUGGAACCCGAAGUUUACCCUGCGGAGCCACUUUGACUCGGUGCGCAGUCUGGCCUUCCACCCGGUGGAGCCGGUUCUGGUCACCGCCUCAGAGGAUCACACCCUCAAACUGUGGAACCUCCAGAAGACGGCGCCCGCCAAGAAGUGCGCGGCGUUGGACGUGGAGCCCAUCUACACAUUCCGAGCCCACAGCGGAGCCGUGUUGUGCGUCACCAUGAGCUCGAGCGGCGAGCAGUGCUUCAGCGGGGGCGUAGACGGCACCAUUCAGAGCUGGAACACCCCCAACCCCAACAUCGACCCCUACGACUCGUAUGAGCCGUCCGUCCUGCGGGGGGCGCUGUGCGGUCACACGGACGCGGUGUGGGGUGUGGUCUACAGCUCGGCUCACCGCCGCCUCCUCUCCUGCUCGGCCGACGGGACGGUGCGGCUGUGGAGCGCCGCCGACACCUCGCCGUCUCUCGCUGUUUUCAACGAGCGAGGAGAGCUCGGAGUCCCGACCUCGGUCGACCUGGUGAGCAGCGAGCCGGCUCACAUGGUGACGUCCUUCGACACCGGACACAUCGGACUCUUCAACAUGGAGACGCAGCAGCUCGUCCUGAAGCUGGAGUCGGCCGGUCCUCCAGAAGCUCCCUGCAAGAUCAACAAAGUGCUGAGCCAUCCCACGCUGCCGAUCACCAUCACCGCUCAGGAGGACCGCCACAUCCAGUUCUUCGAUAACAACACAGGUAAGCUCAUCCACGCCAUGGUCGCCCACCUGGACGCUGUCACCAGUCUCGCUGUGGAUCCAAACGGCCUUUACCUCAUGUCAGGAAGUCACGACUGCUCGAUCCGUCUGUGGAACAUGGAGAGUAAAACCUGCAUCCAGGAGUUCACAGCACAUCGUAAGAAGUUCGAGGAGUCCAUCCACGACGUGGCGUUCCAUCCCACCAAGUGCUACAUCGGCAGCGCCGGGGCCGACGCGCUCGCCAAAGUCUUCGUAUGACCUGAAUGUGGUCAGCUGACCGCCCCGACGUUCUCGGUGGGGUUCUUAUUUUUGGACAGAUGGAGGUCGCUUCCUCUGCAGAAGGUGACCCCACUCAAUCCCCCCCACGCCCCCCCCUUUAAGAUUCUUCUCAUGUUAAGCCCCGCCCCCUGCUGGACUCGGGCUGGCCCGGAUCCACAAAACAAACUGACCUCUGAGUGAGGGGAAGAAGUUAUCACGCGGGAGGCCGCGGCGUGCGUUCUCCCUCGAACAGCUCCGGGCUCGCCGCAGACGUCUCAUCGUAACGUGCCUUCUUUCUGUCGGACGCUCAGAAGAAACCCGAGACGCCGGAGACGAGUCAGGACGGGGAGGUGAUGGCGGCCAAGUUUAACCUUCACACGACCUCCGUUUGUUAGUCUGUCCGUCCUGAGCUGAGCGGCGGCGAGGACAGUCCUGGAUCUGUCCCCGCCUUUAAUGUGCUCCACCUGAGCCACGCCCACACAGGCAGGAACUUUGGCCCAUCACGGUCGCCGUCCCUAGUUGGGUCCAUCAGGUUCUCGUCCCUGCUGCUGCGAUGACCUGGCGCUCGGUGGGAAGCAACAUUAAAGAGAAUCGGCGCCUGAUUGGCUCCAGCCCCAAACAUCCGGACAUGAAGGUCCUCAGUGCGCUCUGCAGAGUCCACGCCAUGAGGUGGAGAGGGCGGGGUUAACCUGAGAGGGCGCCACCUGCUGGGACUGAGCAGUAAUCCUUCACUGGACAACAGAGGCCGUUUGGCUGCACCUGAGCUCUGAUGGGGUUUCUUUGGCUCCUCCUCCUCCGAGACGCUGCUUUCUGUUCCAAACCCUGAGCGGCGCUAACAGCGACUUUUUGGGAAACCUCACCUGGAAGGUUCUCCUCACUCACUCACGGGUUGUAAGAUAUGUGGCUGCUUUUGUGGGCGUGACCCUGCGGCGACGCUUUUCUCCCCAGAAAUCAGACGGAUCGGCCCGGACGCCUCCGACUAAUCCCGACGCCUGCUGUUGCUAAUGCUAAUUACCUUCUUGUGACAUACCUGAGUAACACCUGUGCUGCGCCCUCAGAUCUGCUUUCCAGCUCGGUUUGUGCGCCGUGAGGCGGAUCUUUUUUAUUCUGUUUUACUUGAACGUGUCGUUUCUUCUUUUCGGGGUUUCUGCUGAUGUUUUAACGACUUCUGUGUUUUUUAACCAAACGCAUCGUCUCAGAAAGCAGCUGCUUCCCAUCGUGAUGUGAAACGGUCGGCGUGUACAAAGACUUAACAGAUAUAUGUGUGUACAGUUUUAGGUAUUAAAGCAAAUCUAUUUAUUAACUGGUGUAAAGAGUGUAUUUAGGGCGGUUUCAACGGGUCGGUGAGCAGAAAGAUCAAAGGUUGAGUGUUUCCUGUAAACUCGUGUGGAGCAUGAAUGAGUCUGUACAGAGACGGGAACGCUUCCUGUAGAAGCUUUUUAUCCACGACUUUCACCUUUACCUGCACGCGUCUGUGUUCAAGGCUGUUUUCAAAAGUUUUGUCCGCGAUACGAGCUUCAAACCAACUUCCUGUUUGGUUUCCAAAGUAAGGGCAUAUCCACACAGUUGGCUGAUUUCUGCAUUAAAAUGAAUCAAUUCAAUUCGUUUUUGUUGUUUUCUUCCAUAAAAGGAAGUUGUGGACGUUUUCAACCCUCACUGCCUCAUCCCGUUAAACAAAAACAACUCAUCGGUUUGACAGAUUGUAGAGCGUCUGCGUCGUGUAGUCGUGUGUCGAAGAUAAACGUUUGAUGGUUUUCAGCUUCUUAAAUGUCUCAGUCUUUUCUCAGUGACGACAGCACAGCUUUAGAGUGAACACGUGUGAUGGCAGCUUUUAUUUUUAUGUUGCAAAGUUGCCAAAAACAUUCAGUAGUUUGUUGAAAAUGAUGUUCGGCUGCCCGCUGAGAGCAACAUGGAGUCAGCGCUGAGUUCCUCAAUGGUUCAGAAGUUUAAAGAUUAGAUAAAGAUACUAAUCUGCACAGACGCGCUCGCUCACUUCUGUUGCCCAAAAUUAGUUUCAGUUUGUCGUCAGUCUUUCAUACGUCUUCAUCUGGAUGAACUGAAGACUUUCAGCUUCACAGAGUGUAACUGAUUAAAUUUGCUCUCCUUGUUCUGUUCUGCCGGGUUUUCUCUCAGCGCUGACAGAAACCUGCAGAGCAAAACAAGCAGACUCACACUGGAGCACAUUUAUGAUAUUUCUAAGUCUGGUGGAGCAACAACAGGUUUCAGAGUGUGAGUUUUGACAAAGUGCACAAAAUGUAUUUAUUUUAAUUUGCUUCCAUCAUAUCUUUAGUUUAUUUUAAAGCUGAAUAAAAAUGAAUCCUGGCUUCCUAUCAAAUAUCGAAUUGAUUUUAAAAUUCUAUUGUUUACUUAUAAAAUUUUAAACAAUAUGGCCCCUGACUACUUAGCUGAUCUCCUCUGUCUGUACAGCCCUCAGAGAGCACUAAGAUCAUCACCAGCUGCUCUUGGUGCAACCUAGGUCUCGGCUGAAGACCAGAGGAGACCGUGCCUUUGCCGUUGCUGCACCCAGGCUAUGGAAUACUCUCCCUCUUCAUAUUCGCGCGUCAGAUUCCAUUCAGUCUUUUAAAUCACGUUUAAAAACGUAUUUGUUUGAUCUGGCAUUUAAGGCGAAUUAGGGUAAUUUACAUCUGGCUCUGUAUUUAGAUUAUGUAAUUAUCUUAUAUUUUAUAUAUUUGUAAUUUAUAUUUUAGUGUGAUUUUAUUUGUACUGCGAUUUUACUGGAAAGCACUUCGGUCUUAAAAAUGUGCUAUAUAAAUAAAUUUUGAUUGAUUGAUUGAUUCUUUAACAGAAGCCAACAUGUCCUCCAGUAACCACGUCUCAUUUCUUCCUCUUCGGUGAUAAACUCGGGGACGCGGCUCCGUCUCUGUGCAGUGUUUGCAGAUGAAAUCUUCUGUGAGCUGAACUCCAGACUGAAUCCUGCCUGUAAACUGUGGAUGUGUUUUAUUGUGAAACUGCAGGAGGGACGACGGGAGCUGCUCGGGCUGUACAUACAGUUCACACUGUUUUGUUUUUUGGCUUUUUUGUGUCUUUUUGCCUUCAGAGUGGGAGAGUGACAGAUUUAUCAGUAACAAUAAAGAAAUAUGUUGUAUAUCA